GCGGGUCCUGCCCGAGGCGGGAGUGGGCUGAGCCCGGCCAGACGCUCCGGCCGUGCCCGCGGGCCCCGCCAUGGCGGCGGACUCGGAGGUGCUGCACUUCCAGUUCGAGCAGCAGGGCGAUGCCGUGCUGCAAAAGAUGAACCUCCUGCGGCAGCAGAACCUCUUCUGCGACGUGUCCAUCUACAUCAACGACACCGAGUUCCAGGGGCACAAGGUGAUCUUCGCCGCCUGCUCCACCUUCAUGCGCGAUCAGUUCCUGCUCAACCAGUCCAGGCAGGUGCGGAUCACCAUCCUGCAGAGCGCCGAGGUGGGCAGGAAGCUGCUGCUCUCCUGCUACACGGGCGCGCUGGAAGUCAAGAGGAAGGAGCUGCUCAAGUACCUGACGGCCGCGAGUUACCUGCAGAUGGUUCACAUCGUGGAGAAGUGCACCGAGGCUUUGUCCAAGUACUUGGAGAUCGACGCUUCCAUGGAGAGCGGAACCCAGGCUGCUGAGGGGUGCCACUCCUCAGAUGCUGAACUAAGGAGUGGGGAUGAGGUUUUAGAUAAAGAUUGUGAAAUAAUCGAGAUCUCUGAAGACAGCCCAGACAACGAAGAAUACCCCGUGAAACAGGAGGAUGGAGAUGGAGAUGGGGAGGGGGAUGGCCCACACCCUGCAGCGCAGAGCUUGGUGUCAGAAAGGAAGGACACAAAAUCCCCAGAAAUAUCAACAGUGGAAAUCGGCUAUAAGGAUGAUGAAAUCUGUAUCUUCAGAAUGGAUUCCAUGGGUGUGGCAAAUGUAGAGAAUGAUCAUUUUCCUCAGCCUUGUACUUCCUCUAAAACAAAUCUGUAUUUCCCAGAAACCCAGCACUCCUUGAUAAACUCUACAGUUGAAAGCAGGAAUACAGAAAUGCCAGGAAAUCACUUUCAGGCUUUUGUUGGUGACAAUCCAGAAGGAACUUCCAGUGGGGCAAAUGGGUUCCAGAGCCUGGAGGAUUCUGGCAGCUCAUGGCGGCACCAGUGUCCAAAGUGUCCCAGGGGCUUUCUGCACCUGGAGAACUAUCUCAGACAUCUGAAAAUGCACAAACUCUUCCUGUGCUUGCAAUGUGGCAAAACAUUCACGCAGAAAAAGAAUCUCAACAGGCACAUCCGGGGGCACAUGGGGAUCCGGCCCUUCCAGUGCAUGGUGUGCUUGAAGACCUUCACGGCCAAGAGCACGCUGCAGGAUCACCUCAACAUCCACAGCGGGGACCGGCCCUACAAGUGCCACUGCUGCGACAUGGACUUCAAACACAAGUCUGCUCUUAAAAAGCACUUGACUUCUGUUCAUGGAAGGAGCAGCAGUGAAAAGCCAAACCUGAACACUAUUACAAAAGUUAAAAUAGACUAUGAUUGAUAGCUGGGCAAUUGUGGAGUCAGACUCCACAAAAAGCUCCUGGCUAGUGAAAUUCUAGAUGCAAUUGCAGUUCCAGAUCCCCUGCUAAGGGAGAGAAGCACAAACAGGUGGCUGGUGGUCCAAGACAGGCCUUGGAGCAGGAAACCUGCCUGCUCCCUUAAGGCUGCUAUUGCUGUCAGUGAAAAAAGGUGUUUCCUACUUAAAGUUAACUGCAAAAUAUGGGAAAAUAUUUCAUGCUUCUCUUCCAUUAUACUGAGCAUAUCCUGGUACCCCAAUGAUGUUUUAUAUUCCUUGUUUCAAGGACAGGCACUGCUGACUUUCAGACUAUUACUGAUACUGCAAUAAGCUGAAGCCUGAGCCAUGGUGUUGGUGACAACAGCUGAGGGAAGGGGGUGUUUGUAUUUGUUCAGCAAGUCAGUUGUUCCCAUCCAGUUCCUGGAUCGUUCAUGGUGAAAUCAUCUCCUUCCCUGCCCAAACUUUGGUAGAUCUUCCAGAAAGAAGGCGUGUUUUCAUACUCAAGUCUGUGACGUUUAAGGACACACAACAAAGAAAAACUAAUCAAGGGACCUUUCAAUUUGUCUCUUGUAAACAGAGAAUUUGUAAAAGAGAAAGAAACAAACAGUAUUGCCUUGCAGUUUAUUUGUAACUGGACAGUCCCAUGAAAAGGACUUGCUUUUAGUUUUAUCGAGUUCUGAAUUUUUAUAAACUUCUUUCUUCUAAUAGUGGGGGUUUUUCUGUCAUACCAAUGUUUUGCACCUGUAUUUGAUAAGUUUAGUCCUGUUUGUUGCAUCAUAACAUCUGCCUUCAUUUUUUUACAGAUCUUAGCUAUAUGCACUUGUGUGAAAUUCAGCUGUGUGCUGUUGGGUAAUCAUAGUUUCAAUGCUAAUUUUGUAAAACAGGCAUUUCUGUCUGACUAGCAAUGGCUUAGCCAUAGAGGUCUCAUACCCUGUGACACAGUAACACAGUCAUGGUGUGUGUUUGCAGAAGUGUGUUUGUGCUUUCUCAAAGGUCAUUUUAGUUUCAUCAUGAGCAUCGAGCACCCUGUGAUGCAGUCUGUGUCUCUGGCUGGUACAUGUUUCUUCUACUUAAUGUAAUAUAAAUAAAGAGUUAUUUCAGUUGUUAA